UUCGUUCCCGAGACAGCACCGGAGGUGGACGGUUUUCUUCCGCAGUAGUCGUCAUCAGUGUUCGCGAAGGCAAGUUUUGUUCUGCCCACCGUUCUCUGUGCGCGCGGCGGCUCUGUUGCUAGUGGAAAGAGAAACGAGUGCUCUAGCCGUUCUAACUAGAAGCUGUAAAAGGAGCUCCGUUCGAUCCGUCGGCCAGCCAGUAGCAGGCUGGAUGCGGUGGCUGAGUGACUGUCUGAUUCGGGGUGAAAACAACGUCGGAGUGUGUUAUUUUUUUCAUUCUCAGUGGUUUCUGUGUUUCAACAAAGUGAAAAUUGGUGGCUUGAUUCGAUAAGCGGAAAUCGGAAGGAUUUUCCCGGAUUUCGGUGUGACGCGUCGCGAGUUUUUGUGUGUCAGAAUCAAUUCCGUCGUAGUAGCUGCUGAGGGCGCGUCCCAAGUGUUCUGAAACAAGAAUUUUUGGGUGGAUUUUUAUUGCUGCAGAGCAGUAAAUUGGUGCAAAAACAAGGGUGCCUGUGUGUGUGAUCCGGUCGUCUGCGUAGGAUCUUCUGUGCGGUCGCCGACGGCAGAAUCCUUAUCCAGCAAAAGGAAGUCGCCUCGGAACUUGCAUCAACCGGGGGACGAACCGAGUUAACAAUUGAAAACUGUUGGUUUCAAAAGUAUAGUAUUUAGUGCAUUGGCAUCCGUCCGCUGCUGUAAAGGACGGGGAGCAUUUUUUUGGUUGGAUAACAGCAGCAUUAGUUCGUUGUGUGCGCCGCCGUUCUUCACGAAGGAAGCAAGGACUACACGGCGAACGGGCAUGACCAGCAGCCCAACACUAAUAUACUAAAGUGAACAAACUGUGCAUGAGUGUAAUUUUCGAUACGCUGUGAAAGCGUAGAUGAACGAAUCUUGAUCGAAACCCGUCGAAAGGUUGUGAUAGCUACUCCGUAUUCCUCCCGAAUGAAAACCGCAACCAGUAAAAAACAGCUGAGCGUCUCUACACUAUCUGAAACCGCAAUCCAAUUGUGAUAAAAAUGUUCUGUGACAAGUGCAUGUAAAUCUCGGAAUCGUGCGUGUGUCCUCACGUCUUACUUUGUGUCGUGAUUGUCUCAAUCGAUAAUUUAGUGUUUUUAAGUGAUUGAAGAAACUUGAACGCGCCCGACCGCAAGCCUCCGCAAUAUCAAACUUCGCCAUACGUAUGCGUCCGAACAACGUGUACGAUCGCUACCGCUGGAAAAAGAUGGACCAACCCAUGGAACGGGGAGCCCCGGACACAACGGCCACUGAUGUGGCCACCGGUGGCCAAAAGAUCCCAGUGCUGACCACCACCGGAGGAGGCGGUGGUGGUGGCGGUGGCGGCACCGGCGAUGGCGGUGGAACUUCUAGUCCUACCAGGCAUGGAACUGAGUCGCAAUCAUCGUCACAGUCUUCGCCAUCGGGCGGCGGCGGAGGCGGGGGCGGAGGAGGAAUUUCCUCCACAUCUCCUCUGUCUAGACGCGGCAACAAGAGGAAGAACUCUUCAGUCAACCUAGCGACAGGCAAUGCUGCGGCCCGAAAGCGUCGCAAGCUCCAGCAGGCCCAGCUGAAAACCGGCGAUUCGGCCGGCGGCGCCACGGAUCAGGGUCCCCAGACGAAGAACACCGUCGCGGUGCUGAACGAGCUGAAGCGCAACUUGGUGUACAACAUGGAGUCGCAGACCGGGCCGGUUCAUGCACCGCUUUUCACGAUGUCUGUGGUGGUUGACGGUCAAAAAUUCAUGGGUCACGGUCGAAGUAAGAAAUUAGCACGAAUCGAAGCUGCGGCGGCAGCCCUACGAAGUUUCAUCCAGUUCAAAGACGGUGCCACGCUAACCCCGAUCAAACCGCUACAGAACGUGGAUUUCACCAGCGACGAUCCGAUGAUCGAGAACAGCAUUUUCCCAUUGUCAGACCCGCCGGCACUGCCGGAGUCGGAUGCAGCAACUCCGGCGGCCACAACUCCCAUCAAGGGAACCAAGGGUGGUUCCGAAAGGGAAUACAAGGAUCGUCAGAACGGACCCAACCACAACAAUAACAAUAAUAAUACCAACAACAACAACAAUGUGCACUCAACAAACAACAUACUGGCGGUUGGGGCGGCGCCAUCUUCUACUUCUUCCCCUGCUGCUGUCGCGAACCCCACACACAAUGACAGCAGCAGCAGCAGCGGCGGUGGCGGCGGCUUCAACGCUAGUGGCAGUGGUAGUGGUGGUAGCAGCCCCCCCUCGAACGCGAACAGCUCGAACGCCCUGAUUAGCAGUAGUUGCAGUGCCACCGCCAUUGGCGCCCAACAGCAGCAGCACAACGGCCAUCGGCAGGUGGUCGAAAAGAUACAGCAAAGUUUAGAUCUAUUUAAAAAUUCCAAUGAAAAAAAUGUAGCAUGGAAGAAGCGAUUAGAAAAGCUCAAGGCGUCGGCGGUCAACGCGUCGCGCAACGUCCCGGCCGGCCAGCCACCGAAGCCGCAACCGGAAAAAGGACCGGUCAUGCUGCUGCACGAACUGUUCACCGAUGCACACUUCGAAUGCGUCUCGACCGAUGGACUGCAGCACUCCAAGUUCACCGUGGUCGUGACGGUCGAUAGCCAGCGCUUCGAGGGUACCGGCCCGUCGAAGAAGAUGGCUAAGAAUGCUGCGGCCAAGGCGGCCCUCGCGUCCAUGUGCAACAUCUCGUUCAGUCCGCUGCAGCAGGCCAAGUUCGGGGUGAUGAAUGCGGCGGCCGGGAUGGGGGCGGGCGCAGGCGCUGGCGGUCUCGGCCCCGGUGGGGUCGGUAUGAACGGGGACGCCGGUGGGGGCUGCUACGAUCAGCAGAAGAACGUCGAACUGCCGCAGACGUUUGCCGACGCGGUCGGAAAGUUGGUCAUCGAGAAGUUCAACGAAGUGAUGAAAGGCAACGACGUCUACUCGAGACGGAAGGUAUUGGCUGGAAUCGUUAUGACCCAAGGAUAUGACGCCAAGUCGGCAAAGGUCAUCUCGCUGGCCACGGGUACAAAAUGCGUCAGCGGAGAGCACAUGAGCGUCACCGGAUCGGUCAUAAAUGAUUCCCACGCGGAAAUCAUCGCCCGCCGGGGUCUACUGGACUUUUUCUACAGUCAAUUGGAUCUGCACUGCCGGCGACAGACCAGCAAACCGAGCACCAAUCCCUCAUUGUGCAACGGAAACGAUGUCGAAAGCUCCGAACAGACCCCGGAAAGCAGUGUCUUUGUCGCACCAGCCGACGAAUCCACCCUGUAUAGGCUAAAGGACGGCAUCCAUUUCCAUCUGUACAUCAACACCGCUCCCUGCGGAGACGCCCGGGUGUUCAGCCCGCACGAGAACGACAACAUGGACGUGGACAAACACCCGAAUCGGAAAGCCCGCGGCCAGCUGCGCACCAAGGUGGAAUCGGGCGAAGGGACGAUACCGGUCAAGAGCAGCGAGGGCAUUCAGACGUGGGAUGGUGUCCUGCAGGGGCAGCGUCUGCUGACGAUGUCCUGCUCGGACAAAAUAUCACGCUGGAACGUACUCGGCUUGCAAGGAUCGCUGCUCGCGUCCGUGAUCGAGCCGAUCUAUCUGCACUCGAUCGUGCUGGGCAGCUUGCUGCAUCCGGCGCAUAUGUACCGGGCCAUCUGCGGUCGCAUUGAGAACUCCAUCCAGGGUCUCCCGCCGCCGUAUCGGUUGAACAAACCGAAGCUGGCAUUGAUGACGUCGGCGGAAUCGCGCAAUCAAACCAAACCGCCCAACUUUAGCAUCAACUGGUUGAUCGGCUGUCCGGACGUGGAGAUCGUCAACUCCUUCACCGGCAAGCUGAUCAACAACAACACCAACACCAACAAGAUGUCCCGGCUGUCCAAGCAGUCGUUUUACCGACGGUUCGCGGCCGUCAUCGAGAGGCUUCCGCAUGCACGCUUCCAGGAGAUCAAACCCAGCUACGGUGAGACGAAAAUGUGCGUCCCCGAAUAUCAGCAGGCAAAGAAGGAACUAUUCGGAGCUUUCAGCAAGGAAGACCUGGGCGACUGGUUGAAGAAACCGAUCGAGCAGGAUCAGUUCACGCUGAUGGCACCCAAGCCGGAGGAAGUGUCGACGACGGCGACGCCCGCAGCCACGUCCACUUCGAUCAACAAUGGCUCGGGUCCAGUGUCCGGAGGAAAAUGACACCAGGGGAAAUACUCCGGCGGUAAGCACCAGCUCCAGAAUGGAGGUGGUUCGUCCUCGUCCGGUGCCAGGCUGUUUUAAGCGACGAGUCAGGCUGCUCUUGGAGAGCACCAAAAUGCGUAAGGUGGGGUAGUUCUAAGGUAUGUGAACAUAUUUCGUCAUUUGGUACCUUAUCUGAUACUGCGUAGUGUGAAAUGGUUUAGGCGUUACUUGUUUGUAUUUUAACCGUUUUAGUUUUUAGAAGAGGUCUGAUCUUUCCUAGCUCUUAAGUUGACACCAUUGAUUUUAUGUUUAGAGAUUGAUUUUAUCUUCCUAACUUUAAGCAGUAGAUCGGUAACGCGCAUGUGCUACGAUCGAUAAAAGUUCAGUCCAAAGUGAUUCCGAUGCUCUCGCGGGAUCGAUAUAGGACGAGUUUAAGUUUCAACGUCGGUUGUGUGAAAGCAAACACUACAUAUAUACACUAGAGAACAGGAGACGAUAGUCGGACAAGCUAAGUGCAUCCAUUCUGUGAACGCUAGAAUAGUACAGUACUAGGGCCGCUAGGCUGAAAGUAACUCUAAUUAAUAUUCAUUAUUAUACUGAAUGCAAUAGCGUGUAAGUUUUAUCAUUCAAACAAUAAUUCAAAGACAGAAAACCGUUGUUCUCAUGCUAGGAGUUACUUUUGUAAAUUUGGACGCUUUGAGCGUUUUGUAAUAGGAAUACGCGCAGUUGUAAUAAUUUGGUUUAAGAGUAAGGCAAAGGCAGAUAUUAUUAGAGAUGUAAGGCGAGGAAAAGUUUUAAAAUACACUGGCGAAGAGGUGUAGUAAACUUA